AUGUCAUACAAGCUAAGUUCUACAUUAUCAGGUCAUGAACAAGACGUGCGAGAUCUCUCAAUCACCGCCGAAAACCAAAUCAUCUCGGUUCUGAGAGAUUCAACCACCCGAAUCUGGCAACACAUCAAUCAUUCCAAUUCUGAUUCAACAAUCAUCUUCCAUUCCCCAACUUCCAGCUUCAUAAAUUCAGUAGCAUACAUUCAUGAGGGGACAGCUGAGCCAUUAAUCGCUAGUGGUGGACAAGAUGCUAUGAUUUAUUUGAAUGAUGUAUAUCAUGGGAAGGAUACCGAGGGGAAAUAUCAAUUAAUUGGUCAUGAAGGAAAUGUAUGUGCCUUGGAUUAUUCUCAAGGGGAAUUAAUCUCAAGUAGUUGGGAUUCGACGGCAAAAGUAUGGGAUUUGGAUAGCUUUAGUGUAAAGUAUGAUUUAAGAGGUCAUGAAUCUUCAGUAUGGGAUUGUAAAAUAAUUGACCAGGGUCAUUAUUUGACUUGUUCGGCUGAUAAAUCGAUUAGAUUAUGGCAAGGGAAAUUUGAAAUUCGGAAAUUCUUGGGACAUACUGAUGUAGUUAGGAAGUUAUUAGUAUUGCCUGGUUUAAAACAAUUCAUGUCUUGUUCUAAUGAUGGUACUAUCCGGAUUUGGGAUCUUGAUAGUGGGAAGAAUUUACAGACUCUUGUAGGACAUGAAUCAUUUGUGUAUGAUUUAGGUAUUUUACCUAAUGGAGAUAUUGUUUCAACUGGAGAAGAUAGAACAGUACGAAUUUGGACUAAUGAAGGCACGAUUAAACAAGUUAUCACCUUGCCUUGUAUUUCCGUCUGGUGUGUUGUUGUAUUAAACAAUGGAGAUUUUGCCGUUGGUGGAUCCGAUGGAGAAAUCCGGGUAUUCACUAAUGAUGAAACUCGAUUCGCACCACAAGAUGAAUUAAUCCUGUUUAAACAAGCAGUUGAAUCUUCUACUAUUGCCGAACAAUCGUUGGAUGAUUUACAUAAGACCGAUGUCCCAGGAUAUGAAGUAUUAGAACAACCAGGUAAGAAAGAAGGAUCAACGAUUAUAGUCAAGAACUCAAGUGGAACAAUUGAAGCCCAUCAAUGGUCAGGUGGAGAAUGGCAUAAGAUAGGUGAUGUUGUUGGAUCGGCUUCAUCGGGGAAAAAACUGGUUUAUCAAGGGAAAGAAUAUGAUUAUGUGUUUGAUGUUGAUAUUAAGGAUGGUGAACCGGCCUUGAAAUUACCAUAUAAUGUGAAUGAUAAUCCAUAUAUCGUGGCGGAAAAAUUCCUUGUUGAUAAUGAAUUACCUUCGACAUAUACUGAAGAAGUUGUUAGAUUUAUAGAGAAGAAUACGGGUGGGUUUAAUUUACAAGAAGGUGGCGAUGCUGAUGUUGGUACUGGUCCAGCUGAUGGAAGUAGGGUUAUUGAUCCUUAUGCAGAUGCAUAUGUUAGACAACAAAAGUUGGAUAAUGUGUUAAAAGUCAUACCUGAAAAGACAUAUAUUCAAUUUGUUGAUUAUAAAAAGGAUCUGCUUGUUAAUGGAUUAAACAAACUUAAUCAAUCACAAGAUGAACUGGUUCAAUUUUCGAAUGAACAAAUAUCUACCGUGACUGAUUAUUUAACCGAUUUGACUUCUAAACAGGCAUUGGAUUUGAUUACCAAGUAUGCUUCUCUUAUUAUUCGAAAUUGGACACCUAAUGCUAAAUUAAUUGGAUAUGAUUUUAUUAGAAUAAGUAUUCCCAAGAUAACUACUGUUGAUUUAAUAAAUUCUACAGAAGCGGCAGAAACCAUAUUGGAUGUUUUGAAUUCUGGAUUGGGCCAUGUUGAUGAAUCUAAUAUUGCUUUGUUGAUGAUGUUAUUAAAAACUUUGAAUAAUUUAAUUGGUACUACUUUAUUUGUUCAAUUAUAUAUUGAUCCAAGUGAUGAUGGGAAGACAUAUCAGUAUAAUCAUUAUUUUAUAAAAUUAUUACGUGAUUUACAAUUGGUUUUAGGUAAGAUAUCACAACUGGCUAAAUUGUAUAAUAGUACAAUUACCACCCUUGCAUCAGUUGUGUAUAACUUAUCAGCAUAUCAACUCCAAACCAUUGGUUUAAAGAAUAAUCCAAGGGCAUCAAUUCCAAUUGUUGAAUUUAUGGAGAAGGUGGGAAAUCAAAUUGUAGAAUCAAAUAGUGAAGCUGCUUAUAGAUUGGCUGUUGCUUAUGGGAAUUUAAAAUAUGCCAAAGCUUAUGAUAAAGAAACUCCAAUUUGGUUAAUACAAGCUGGGAAUCUUUAUACUAUUAAUGGAGAACAAAGGUUUAUUGAUUUAGUUGAAGAUUUAAAAUUAUUAUAA